UCCAUUUUGGACGCCUUUUGCCCUCAUGGGCGGCACCAAGAGCACAGCUCUGUCCAAAUGGUGCAAAAGAAACGGAAAAUUCUCUCCGUCCGGUGAUUCAACAGAGAUGUGGUAAGCAACCAAGGCACAGCUCACACACGGCGAGAGGGGCUGCAGUCUGAGAGCCAACGUGUUUGCGCAUCUGUGUGUCACAGAGUAGAGGGAAUCCUAUUUCCCUGUUGAUGGAUUCACUGACAAGGGCCCGGGCCGCCAGCCAACUACAAGCAGAUGGGCUCUUCUGAGCGGACACUGCUGGGCCGGCUGCUGUGGCAGCCCCUGGGCGCCAACAAUAACGCUCAGCACUCUCACGAUGCGAUGCCGCUGUCGGAUGCCCAUGUGCUGCUGUGCGAGAGCAGCGGGUGGCUCAUUGUGGUGGGGUGGAGCUCUCGGUGCCACAUGUCCAUGCUCUGGUGCGCACACUGCAGCUGAUCUAGAUGCAAAAAGGUCCGCAAUUCUGCCCUCGUCGUUGUGUGUGUGGUUUGUGACCCUGGCUGCCUGCAGUAUAUUUGACAUAUGUAAGGAGCAGUGGGAGGCCCCCAUGUAUAUGCACACCCGGGCAUCGCACCCCGUCCGUCUGGAGGGCAACGGCGCGAGGGCCAAGGACAUCUACCUCCUGCACUGCCCGCCCGACACGCCCACCUGCCCCUCUGAUUGGCGCUAUGAGGUGCUCGACUGCGGCAUCGAAAACACCAGUGAGUGAGCUGAGUGAGCUGCGUGAGCACGACACUCCGUCGUGGCAUAUGGAGGGGAGGGGCGGCUGGCUGCUCCUGUGUCAUUCACACGUCGCAGGCAGCCCGAGGAUUCACAACCUCAAGACCUGCACGUCCGGUGGGACCAGCGGGCAGGACGGAAGAGAGCCAAAGCGAAGGCGAGUCUGUUUGUCUAUUUGUCUGUCUGUCUGUGCGCAGGCAUUCCGCCCAAGAAGCGGCAAGGGUUUUGCUUUGUGGGCUGCCGGGACAUGAUGAUCUUCUGCGGAGGGCAUCAAGUCUUCUGCGGUGGGCGCCGGUGUGUGCGUGCAGUGCAUUACACCCACGUCCACCUAUGUUGGUUGAUGCGUGUGUGUGUGCUGUGCUUGGGCAGGUGACAGCACUGGUUCGGUGACUUAUGCGUUUUGUCCUGACCGCGAGCGCGAGGGCAACUGGGUGUGGAUCCAACUCGACUACACCACCCAAUUCACCACGUACACACACACAUAUGGGCAUCGUAUCGGCAUGCUCCUUCUCUCCAUGGUCACACAUGAGUGCACUGCAGUAAUUUCCCCCCCUUCACGCCCUACCUGAGCUGCCGGUGGGGCGCCUCAUGUGUCUACGACCGCUCAGCCGAUGCUGUCUGGAUGUUCGGGGGCCUCAUAUACGGCAACACGGCACACACACCACCACCAACAGCAGCAGCAGCAGCAGGGGGCGGCCAACGAUGGCGAGAUGGUGCGUCGCGUGAUCGCCAUGGCGACGGUCGGUACCCCACCCCGAUGGACCCCAGCCACCACACGCCACACGUGCCCAUGUCAGUCAGUGCGAGAAGGCUCAUGCAUUGCCUGACAAAUGGAUGGAUGGAUGGAUGGAUGCUGCUGGUCUGUGUGUGUGUGUCAGAGUGACAGCGGAUCUGUAUCGGUUCUCUACGCAUCAGCUCACAUGGGAGCCCAUCAGUGCGCCGAGCUCGCCACACGCCCACCCUCACCCACACGAGCAGGACGAGCACAGCCAAUGCCCCGCCCCCAUCAGCCUUUCUGAGGCGGCGGGCCACGUGCGGUCGGCCAGCAGGGGCGAGGGCGUAGGGCCGACACCGCUGCAUGGGUCGUCGCUCAUGGUGAUACGGGGAGGGCUGCUGGUGUAUGGAGGAUUCAACGAGGCCAACGACGUGUCGAGAGCCAUCUACUGGUGGGUGGAUGGGUCGGUGGAUGAAUGGAUGGAUGGGUGUGUGGGUACCUCUGCUCUCUGUGUGUUCUGUGUCUGUCGUGUGUGUAGGUAUAGCCAUUCGGGUCAGAUUUGGCACCAGCUGCAUCCCGGUUUCUUCCCUUGCCCAGUCGUCAAGGUAUGUGGGUGGGUGCAGGGUGACCGAACCCCUCCACAACACGCCCCUCUCUGUGAGUUUGGCCGUCUGUCUGUCUAUGUGCCGCAUCUGCAGGGCCUGUAUGAGUCGCCAUGUGCCGUCAUCUUCGAGGGCCGACUGCUGUCAUACCAGGUAUCACAUACACACACACAAACAGGCAGCUCGUCUCGCCGCUAACACGCCAGUGGGUGCACACACGAACAAACAGAAUGUUCCCAACGAGCAUGGCGAUCGUCGCGACGGCCACGUCGCCUCCCGCCCCUCCGUCUACGCCCUCCCUCUCGACUGGUAACUGGUAAAACGGUCCGGCAGCAGGUAUCUUAUACUAUAGAUGGAUGUCUGCGUGUCUCUCGCUGCCUGCAGGGAUUUCGUCAGCGGCCUGCGCCCGCGACUCCGCGCGCGGGCCAUCGAUCUGCUCGACGACGAGGAGACCCACGACGUGGCCUUCCGUGUCGAGGGCAAGGUCAUCAAGGCGCACAAACCCAUCCUGGUCAGGCACAGAGAGAUCCACCACGAGCAGACGACUGCACGUGGUGAGCUCGUGCUUCGCUCUGUGUGUGCAGCGGCGUUUCUCGCCACUGCUAGGAGAGAAAUGUGACGCCUCCCCAGCUGAUGGGGAUCCCAUUGCUCUUGACCUCUCGCCGGUUCUGCGGGCCGCCAGGGGCAAGGAUGACACCGACGCGCCGAAAAACGGGUAGGUGCGUCAAAAUCAAGGGGCGAUGGGUGCAGCGCAUUGCAGAGGAUGAUGAUGGUGUUGUUGGUGUCAAGGUAUGACGUGUUUCGGCUGGUUUUGACACACAUGUAUGAGGGCUUUGAGCGAGUGCCGAGCCCAGCCGAGUCGGAGAGCCUGCUCUAUGCGGCACACCACCUGGACAUACCCCUCCUCGAAGCGCAGUGCCAAACGGUUGGUUGGAAAGACAGACGCAGGGUGGAAUGGUCGAUGUGCAGAUCUUGUGUGUGUGUGUGUGUGUGUGUGUGGUCAGAGUGUGCCACUACACGACAACAACGUGCUGGAGCUCUUCCGCAUCGCAUCAGAGUGGCACCUCGACAAACUCCAAAUCAGGUAGGUGGGCGGAACCACUCACCCACUUACACAUUACUGCGUGCAUACACGUGUGUGUGUGUGUGCGUGUGGAUUCGUUGAGGUGCAAGACGUACGUCUUCAACCACAUGGACAUCGUGCUGCAGCUCGUCCCGCCAGGCCGAGACGUCGCCGCCAGCCCCCCCGCACUCUACACCCAAGACGGCGCACCCCACGCCGCCCCCGCCACCCAUCCCCAGCUCCACCCUCCCCCACACCAGGCCCCGCCAAUCAUGCAGUUCCGACCCGGCCCCUUGCCUCCGCCAUACCCCUUCCCACCCGUCCCUUCAUACGAUGCCGCCGGCAACCUCGUGUGGCCGUGGCCGCACCCCCCGAUGUACCCAAUGCCCUUCCCGGGUGCGAUACGGCCACAAGUGAGGCCCCAGCAGCAGGGCGAGAUUGGGGCGGGGGCCGAGGGCCCGAUGCCCUCGCCUGUGCCGGUGCCAUGGCCGUACUGGCCUGGCCCUGCGCGGCCGCCAUUCCUGCCGAUGCCGCCCCCACCAGGGGCCGGGCCGCCCCAGGGUGCUGGUCAGCGGCCGGCGAUGCCGCCACAGGCGUCUGAUGGAGGAGGCAUGGCGCAGUGGCAAAGCAGUGUGGGAGACGGAUGAGCUGCUGCGGUGUGGGAUGGGUGCCUUGACGUGUUCGGUAGCUGUAGAGGUGCGGUGGGCCCGAUUGGGGCAGACAGGUUCAUUGGUGUCAUUGGUGAAGUGAGAUGUGCAACGGACGGAUCUUUGCACAUGAUUGCGUGAACGACGGUCUCUGGUGUUACAUAUUUGAUCGGCGCUGAAUCAAACCACCGAACUA